UUAUUAUACAUAAAAUCUGAUUUUGCUGUUAUUUUUGGUUCCACAUUUUUAGAAUUUCCAGUAAAAGUUUAGAAACUCAAAACCAAAAUUUAAGGACAGGUAUUGGUUCUAAAUGACAACAAACUUUGAGUUGUUGUGGUUUGAUUAAUUUGAAUUACCCGGAAAAACAUUUCUUUAAACUCAAUUUGGUACAAUUCUUUUUUUUUUCUUCUUCUUCUUCUCUUCUUCCUUCUCCUCUCUUUUGUUUGUCAAACAAAUUACAUUAGAUACGGAAAACAGAAAUAUAUAUUUAGAUGAAAUUGUUGUAGAUAAAUGAGAGAAUGUAUUAUGAACUAAAUUACAUAGACAGUGUCGGAAACCAUAUCGUUGUUCCUUCGACAUUGGACGUAUCAAUUGCGUCCUGUGAUUUGGUCACAUUUGCUUUCAUAGAUCAUCCUAUCGUCGAGUUACAACAGUGAAUGCUUUCCGACUUUUAAAUGACCACGAAGAUGAAAGGCCUGUUGAAGGGCCUGCGGUACAUUUCACAAAUUUUCGAAAAAGAAGAUGAAGAAGAAGAGGAGGAAGAAAUGCAAAUCGGUUUCCCCACAGACGUAAAACAUGUGGCACAUAUAGGAUGGGACGGUCCUGCUGUUUCUUCUCCCAGCUGGAUGAAUGAGUUUAAGGGGACACCUGAAGCUGCCUCAAAUCCGUUAAAUCCAGUUAAGCAAAAGGAACGAUCUGCUUCAAAAUCACCUUCUCAAGAUUAUAGUACUUCUGGUGACUCUUCGGCUCGAAACGGCCCCGACCUUCCAAAACCAUCAAGACGUCGAAACUCAAAAAGCGACGCGUCCUCGUUCGAUUCCUCUACACAAGAAGGUAGUGUACCGAAGCAAUCAUCGAGGCGUCAAAAAUCAAACAGUGUUGAUUCAUCUGAGAGUACUAAAUCAUCAAGGCGAAACAAGAGUUCGAGUUCAAGUGCAACCAACGGAAUCGAUUCAUCAGCCUCUUCACGAGACCCAACAACAAUCCCUAAACAAACUAAAAAGAAGAAAUCGAAAGGCUCAUCCGGCGAUGGAUCAACAAAAAUGAGGUCUAAAGAUUCAGAUACUAACACUAAUGAAACUUAUCCUCCUAUAGGAUUUGAAUAAUAAUAAUAAUAGUUCUUGAGGGUGUCCAAAAACAAAAAAUUGUGAAUUGUGUGAAUUUUAAACAGAUAUUUCAGUUUUCAAACAAUCUUUAAAUGCAUAUUCUAAAUGUUAAUUUUUGUA